UUUAACUUUAUAAAUAAUUUUAGAUUUUAUUUGAAUAAGUUUUGAAAAAAUAUAUGGAUACUGAUAUAUUAACCACGUUAAAGAUUUUAAUAAUUGGGGAAAGUGGCGUUGGAAAGUCAUCUUUACUAAUUCGAUUUACUGAUGAUACAUUCGACCAAGAUAUUGGAGCUACAAUCGGUGUAGAUUUCAAAGUUAAGACUGUUGAAGUUGAUGGCAAUCGCAUGAAGCUGGCUUUAUGGGAUACUGCUGGUCAAGAACGAUUUCGCACAUUAACGCCAAGCUAUUAUCGUGGUGCACAAGGUGUGAUUUUAGUUUAUGAUGUAUCUGUUAGACAAACUUUUGAUAAACUUAACGAUUGGCUAAAUGAAUGUGAGACAUAUGCCACUAAACAAGAUAUUGUUAAAAUGCUUGUUGGAAACAAAAUUGAUAAACCAGGGCGUCAAGUUACACGACAGGAAGGUUUACAAUUUGCUAGACGUCACUCUAUGCUUUUUAUUGAAGCUAGUGCAAAAACUAAAGAUGGUGUAGAGUGUGCUUUUGAAGAGCUUGUUGAGAAAAUAUUACAAACACCGGGACUCUGGGAAAAAGAGAGUAAAAGCACCAUUGGACUUUCUAUUGUUCCUGCUGGUAAUGCAAGUAGCUGUUAUGGAAGUUGUUCAAUAUUUUAAAUAUUUGUUGUUCUUUUUUUUAAAAAGAUUGGAUUCAGAAAAAAAUUCAUAAAAAGUCUACUCUUAAAAUAAAAAACAUUAUAUUGAUAAUAAAAUAGUAAUUUGUUAUACUUUUUAAUAUACAGUAUUUUGUAUUGCAAUAUUUAAAUUAUCUAACGGAAAUACUUUAUUUAAUUAUAUUUUAAAAUUUUUAUUUUUGAAAUUUGCUUUCAAAUAACAAGAAAAGUUAUAAAGCUUAAUUUUUCAGAGUAGAUUUUUUUAUUAUUUUUUAGUCUGAAGAAGUUCUUGUUUAUUGUUUUAAAUUAUGAAAUAAUGCAUUUAUUGUCUUAACGUUUUUAUUAAUGUUUUUUUUUUACAAACUUUUUCAUAUUAUACAAUUUAUCCUUAAAUAACUAUUGAUACAGUAACUUUGUGAAGUUUUAUUUUUUUUAUUAUUCUGAGUUUAUCAAUUGCAUAAUUCACCAUAUUGUAUAUAUAAUAUGAAUUGCAAUUAUCAUUUAAAGGUAACUUUUUAGGUUACUUAGCAAGUCUUAUUGUAAAAAGUAAUUUGUGUUAUUUAAAUGUUAAAAUUAUAACACUAAGUUAAU